CGGUGAGCUGAACCUAGGACGGAAAGGCCAAUUUAAGCCGUCUUAUCGCUGCUGCUGCAAGCUACCUUCCUAUCUCCUCGGUCGCCAACGACAGCACGCACGUGCUACAGCAUGCUCCAGUCGUGACCUCGGUAAACAGACGCCUGGCAGCUGUGACGCCGGCAGCUUUAGCAACGUCCGGGAUAUCGGCGUCAACAGCACCCACCACUGCAGCAGCAGGGGCAGCAAAGACCGCCGCAAAAGAAACAGCGGAUACUGCGGCAACAACUGUCUGGCUUCCAUGUCUGAGGGGUCCCAGACGCAGACGCUAUCGUUCGGCAACUUCCACAGCGAGCGACUGGCCGCCAAGUUCAUGGAUGUGGGGUCCGAUGGCGUGGUCAUCCUAUGCCACGGCUACGCCUCCACCAAGGACGGUUUCCUGUUUCCGCGACUCGCUGAGGAGCUAGCAGCAAGGGGGUUGAGCAGCCUGAGAUUCGAUUUUGCCGGAAACGGAGAAUCCGAGGGCACGUUCAGCUUUGGGAACUACUUCCGAGAGGUCGAGGACCUGCGGGCUGCCGUACAGUUCGUACGGGACAUACUGCAAAAGAGCGUACACGCGAUCAUUGGUCACAGCAAGGGCGGUAAUGUCGUACUGUUGUACGCGUCAAGGUACGGCGAUGUGCCGUAUGUAGUGAAUGUCGCGGGUCGAGGUGUCAUGUCACGUGGUAUCAAGGAGCGCUUCGGGGCGGAUAUAAUGGAUCGCCUAGCCGAGGUUGGGGCAGUGGAGCAGGAGGUUCGGCAAGACGGUGGACGACGGAUUAUCAAGUACUUGCUGACCAAGCAGCGCAUGCAACUCGACAUGCUGUCCGAGGCCGCCAAAAUCUCGAGAGGCUCUCAGGUGCUCACAAUCCACGGCAGCUCCGAUACCGUUGUUCCGGUGGACGAUGCACGACGGUUGGCAGGCGUUAUGCAGCAAUGUCGGCACACGCUGGUGGUGGUGGAUGGAGCGGACCAUAACUUCCGUCCGCCGAUGGCAGCGGCGCGGCUGAUUGAGCUGGUGCUGGAAUAUCUGGCAGGUCCGGAGUCCGCGGAGACGAGGGCGCCGGAGGCGACGGGAAAGGCUGCGGCGGAGGGUUCGGAGUUGCCAUGUUGAGGGACCUUAGAGCGGAGGUGUUUCGGUGGCUUGAGGCGUUUCGGACAACAUUGUAAAAGGCACUGACGACUCAAUAUCGGCAUCGACGGCAUUGACGGUAACAUAAUAUUAACGAGACGGGAGACGACCCACAUGACCGGAAGAUAAAUACACGGUAUUGGCUGGAUGGGUGUUGUGGGUGUGUGAAGGAGCUGUUUGUGAAGGAUGUUAGGACAGACGGGGUUUGGGAGUCUUAGUCCACAACUGCUGCUUGCAAUCCUUGCCCGUACAGCCGUACAGCUGUGUUGCCAACAUUCCUUCAUUAGGUGAGGUGCAGGCCUUGGUAGGGCCCCAGCCCUCAGUACCGGUGCUGAAAGUAACAGGGCGGGUGGGGGGCCAAAACCUGCAGCUCACUGGAGUGGAGGGCGAUAUAAAGCUCGCGUUGUUCGACUCUCGCAUGUUGCGACACGCUUGCGUCACGCGCAUCCUGUAAUAGCUUGUGGUGUCG